CGGCGGAGAUCUCGCGAGAGAACCCGGUCCCGUGUAUGGAGACAACACCAGUAAAUCCCAGCAGCAGCAAUAACUCCGGAGGAGUCAUCAUGGCGGCUGAGCCGCCCAGCAGCCGGGGCAAGGAGGCCACAGCGGCACAGCUGAAGAACGAGCUGAGCCAAGGGGAGCGGAGCCCGGGCCGGCUGAACGAGCUGCUGGACUGGGUGCUGUGCGCGGAGCGGCCGGCGGGGGAGGCCCUGGACUGGUGCCGGUCAUUGCUGGCCGGGGGGGACAGCUUCGAGGACUUCUGUCAGGCGGUCCGCUCCUACGACAACGCCACCCUGUGUGGCCUGGUGUGGACGGCCAACUUCGUGGCUUACCGCUGCCGUACGUGCGGCAUCUCCCCCUGCAUGUCCCUGUGCGCGGAGUGCUUCCACCAGGGCGAGCAUGCCGGACACGACUUCAACAUGUUCCGCAGCCAGGCCGGGGGGGCGUGCGACUGCGGGGACGGAAAUGUCAUGCGGGAGAGCGGAUUUUGUAAAAGACACAGAGUGAAGUCCAGCUCAUGUGUUCCCUCUGUGCCCCACGACUUACUGGUGAUGUCUGAACUGGUUAUUCCGCGCUUCAUCGUUUAUCUUAUACAGUACUUAAGAGACGGAUACAAUGAGCCAGAUUCAUCAUCUGAUAAAGACCUCCAGAAAACCCUUCAGGCUUUGGAUCCCCAGAUCUCCUUUCUGGAGGACCUAACCAAGAUGGGAGGAGCAAUGAGAUCAGUUCUUACCCAGGUCCUCACCAACCAGCAGUAUUACAAAGAUCUGUGCGCCGGUCCUUCUGAAAAUGCAUGUAUGAAGAGCCAAGAAAAGUACCUUACUGCCCUGAAGGGAUCGGGUCUGGCUUUUCCUGAAGAGAAACUCCCCAGUGGGAGUCAGGAGCAGUCGUCUGACACAAGUGCACCAACAGCACAAGAGGGUCCAGCCUCAAAUACGGAGGCAGCAGCAGCAGCACAAUCUGAUUCUUCAGAUGAGGAGGACCGGGAUGACAGACCCUGCGUAGGGAAACGAAAGCGAGUGAAAUUAAGCAGUAGCACCAAAGAUCAAUCUAUUAUGGACAUUUUGAAGCAUAAAUGUUUUCUAGAAGAACUGCUAUUUUGGACAGUGAAGUAUGAAUUUCCCCAGAAAAUGGUCACUUUCUUACUCAAUAUGCUGCCAGACCAAGACUAUAAGAUUGCAUUUACAAAAACAUUUGUACAGCAUUAUGCUUUCAUCAUGAAAACGUUGAAGAAAAGCCAUGAAUCAGACACCAUGUCUAACAGGAUUGUCCACAUCAGCGUCCAGCUGUUCAGCAAUGAAGAGCUGGCUCGCCAGGUGACAGAAGAGUGUCAGCUCCUGGACAUAAUGGUCACUGUCCUACUCUACAUGAUGGAAAGUUGCCUUGUCAAAAGUGAACUACAAGAUGAAGAGAACAGUCUGCAUGUUGUUGUGAACUGUGGGGAAGCAUUGCUGAAGAACAAUACUUACUGGCCACUUGUUAGCGACUUUAUCAAUAUUCUUUCGCACCAAAGUGUAGCCAAGAAAUUCUUAGAAGAUCACGGGCUGUUGGUUACGUGGAUGAAUUUUGUAUCUUUUUUUCAAGGUAUGAAUUUAAAUAAGAGGGAGCUCAGUGAACAUGUGGAGUUUGAGUCCCAGACAUAUUAUGCUGCCUUUGCUGCUGAACUUGAAGCCUGUGCCCAGCCAAUGUGGGGUCUUCUGUCACACUGUAAAGUGAGGGAGACACAAGAGUACACAAGGAAUGUCGUCCGGUAUUGCCUUGAAGCACUCCAGGAUUGGUUCGUUGCCAUAAACUUUGUGGAUGAGCCUGCUCCAAAUCAGGUCACUUUCCAUUUGCCUCUGCAUCGAUACUAUGCCAUGUUUCUAAGCAAGGCUGUGAAAUGUCAAGAAAUAGAUUUAGAUUCUAUUCUGCCAGACCAGGAAAUGCUGAUGAAGCUGAUGGUUCACCCACUUCUAAUUCAGGCGAAUUUGUCUGAAAUUCACAGCAACAUGUGGGUACGGAACGGCCUCCAAAUUAAAGGACAAGCUAUGACCUACGUCCAGUCACAUUUCUGUAAUUCAAUGAUUGACCCUGACAUCUACUUGUUACAGGUCUGUGCAUCAAAACUAGACCCAGACUACUUUAUAUCAUCAGUUUUUGAAAGGUUUAAGGUGGUAGAUCUUCUCACAAUGGCGUCCCAACACCAGAACACUGUUCUAGAUGCUGAUCAUGAAAAGUCGAUGCUUGAAGGGGCACUCACAUUUCUUGUUAUACUUUUAAGUCUUCGUUUACAUUUAGGAAUGACCGAUGAUGAGAUCCUGAGAGCAGAGAUGAUCGCUCAGCUCUGUAUGAAUGACCGCACUCAUAGCUCACUACUUGACCUUAUUCCAGAGAGCCCUAAUCCCAAAAGCGGUGUAAUGCCUGGCAACACCAGCUUCGAGGCGGUAUUGUCUGCAGUAGCUGACUUUAAAGCUCCCGUGUUUGAGCCUGGAGGUUCCAUGCAGCAAGGAAUGUAUACACCGAAGGGUGAGGUCUGGGACCAAGAAUUCGACCCUGUGAUGGUUAUUCUUCGCACUGUUUACCGCAGAGACGUUCAGUCUGCAAUGGACCGAUACACAGCAUUUUUAAAGCAGAUUGGCCAGUGUCCUGGGAACCCAUGGCCGCCGUAUAAGAAGAGAACCCCACUACAUCCCAGCUAUAAAGGCCUUAUAAGACUCUUACACUGCAAAACUUUACACAUUGUGCUUUUCACUCUGCUCUACAAGAUUUUGAUGGAUCAUCAGAAUAUGUCAGAACACGUCCUCUGCAUGGUUCUGUAUCUGAUAGAGCUGGGCUUGGAGAAGUCACCAGACGAAGAGCUUUGUGACGAGGAUACCGCAGGGCAGGAUCGUUGCCAUGACAGCUGGUUUCCCGGCAGCAAUUUGCUGUACAAUAUGCGUCAUGUUAUUAACUACGUAAGAGUACGCGUCCCAGAUACUGCUCCAGAGGUGCGGAGAGAACCGCCAGCCACUACCAGCUCCGACGGGAACUCAUCCACACAUAAUUCCAGCACAGCUCAAGUUUUCAGUUUGGUUGCUGAACGUCGCAAGAAGUUCCAGGAAAUAAUCAAUCGCAACAAUACCGAAGCAAGUCAAGUUGUACGGCCAAAAACGUCCGCCCUGAAGUGGACGGCGCCUGGUUCAACUCCUCAGCUAACCACUGUGAUCUUAGAGGUGAAAGAGAGCAUGUUGUCCCUGCUCAUCAAACUUCACCAGAAGCUAUCAGGGAAGUCCGACUCUUACUCCCCUCCCUGGUUGGAGGAUCCCGAGUGUCUUGCCCAAGCAGAUGCAUCCAAGUACUCCCAUGGAGAUGGAGUGACUGCAGUAGAAAGAAUCUUACUGAAAGCCGCAGCUCAGAGCCGCCUAAACAAACUUGGCAUUGAUGAAAUAUGCAGGAAAACCGCUCCUCCCGUUCCACCCAAAAAGUCUAGUCCUGCAGAAAAGAAAGCCCUGGACAAAGAGGAGAGACGUCAGAAAGCCAGAGAGAGACAACAAAAGCUGCUUGCUGAGUUUGCAUCAAGGCAGAAAAGCUUCAUGGAAACCGCAAUGGAUGUUGAAUCGCCUGAAAGUGAUGUUGCCAUGGAGAUAGCUGCAUCCGAACAGCUGAUUUCUGAACCUACAUAUGACUGUGUUAUAUGUGGACAAAGCGGCCCAUCUACAGAGGACCGUCCCAUAGGGCUUGUGGUCUUGCUGCAAGCAACAUCUGUUUUGGGACACCGACGUAAACUCUCUGAGCCGAAGAAGCUUCCUACCAGCGAGGAGGAGCAGAUUUACCUAGGGGGAACGUGUGCCGCAUCACUUGACGUUAGACUAGCCACGUUACAGCACCACUUCAAAGGCAGUUCCUGUCUGCAGUCAGUUUCUAUAGGUUGGGAAGGAGGUGUUUAUGUACAAACCUGUGGCCAUACACUCCAUAUAGACUGCCAUAAAUCCUACAUGGAGUCACUACGGAAUGACCAAGUCCUGCCAGGCUUUUCUGUUGACAAAGGAGAAUUCACAUGCCCUCUCUGCAGGCAGUUUGCAAACAGCGUCCUUCCUUGUUUUCCUGGAAACAAUGUGGAAAGGAGCUCCUGGCAAAAUCACGCUCAUGGAAACAAGAGCAUGAGAGAACUCAUCAAAGAGGUGGAGGAGCUUCAAGAGCAGCUGGGAACUUUCCCAUCAGAAACCAAUUUAAGCAAGGAAAUGGAGGCGGUGAUGAAAGACAUUAAAAGUGCUACACAAAAGAAGUACACCGACUACAGCAAGACGCCGGGCUCCCCUGACAAUGAUUUUCUCUUUAUGUAUUCCGUUGCUCGAACAAAUCUGGAACUGGAACUUGUUCAUCGUGGAGACAAUCUAUGUUCUGGAGGUACUAGUACGACUGGGAAAAGAUCCUGUUUAAACCAACUUUUCCAUGUGUUAGCCAUGCACAUGAGGCUGUACAGUAUCGACUCCGAGUAUAAUCCCUGGAAAAAGAUUACACAGGUCUUGCAAAAAAAGGAUGCAGACACCAGCGAUGAAGACAAGGAGGAGGUACCUCUGCUUUUCCGAGACGUGACCUCAAUAUUGCUUAUUCAGGUUCUCACAAUGCCUCAGCCCCUGCACAAAGAACAUUUUACCUGCAUUGUGAAAGUGCUGUACACCUUGCUGUAUACUCAAGCACUCAUUGCACUCACCCUUAGACUCCGCCCUGAGGAAUGUGCAGCUUGGCGGGAGUCUGGAUCACACCAACAGAGUACAUAUACUGCCAGGAAGCCGUGGGAAGCAUUGCUCAGUUUUGUGAUUAGUGAAUUAUCUGAAGGUAACAUACACCAAGAUGAAGAUGCAGAGGAUGUUACUAAGGCCAGCACAAAUGUUUGGUCUUCACAGUCCAUUGAGCAUUUCUUGCAGCAGUUCUGCCUGCCCUUCCUUAGGGUCACCAGCCUCCUCCAGCAUCACCUAUUUGGAGUGGAUAUUCCCAGCUGCCAGGAAGAAGAUGAAUUUAUUGUUCUUUGCAGUUACUUAGGAAUUCUGCCACUGAUCCUUCAAACAUCAAGAGAGUUCACCAGUGCCUUGUGCCUAGACUGGCCGGUCUCCGCGUUUGACCUGAUGUCUCAGUGGUGCUCAGAAGUCGUUCUCUUUGCAGAAAAGCACCCAGAUCACGUUAAUGCUUUGCUUAUUCAAGAGUCAAAGUGGGACUUACCGCGUCUUCUUCAGUUGCCAGAUAUCUACAACACCAUCUUCCAAUAUUACCACAGGAAGGCUUGCGGCGUGUGCUCCAAAGUCCCCAAGGAUCCAGCACUAUGUCUUGUUUGUGGCACUUUUGUUUGCUUAAAGGGCCUUUGCUGCAAGCAGCAGAAUUUCUGUGAAUGUGUAUUGCAUUCCCAGAACUGUGGUGCUGGGACAGGGAUUUUCCUGCUAAUCAAUGCCUCUGUAAUAAUUAUCAUUCGGGGCCAUCGCUUCUGCCUUUGGGGCUCUGUCUAUCUUGAUGCUCACGGGGAAGAGGACCGGGAACUCAGACGUGGAAAGCCUCUUUACAUCUGCAAGGAGCGGUACAAUGUGCUAGAGCAGCAGUGGGUGACGCACACGUUUGAUCACAUCAAUAAGAGAUGGGGGCCGCAUUACAACGGGUUGUGAACAUCAGUGCAGUUGCAAGUGGAAUCACUAGCAAGAAGCAAAGGGCUUCCCACGGAAAAGGAGACAGGCGUGAACCCUGCCACCCGUAAAGCUCCGUAAAGCUUUCUAGUUAUUAGGUGCUAUUGUUCAAAUGAAAACACAUCCUUGCAAGCACUGGAAGAGUAAGGCGUAAUGACAGCUGGGAAAAAACUGCAAAAGAACACUAGAAUGGCAUUGUUCAGAAAGCACAACGAAUACUGAAUGUUCAAGGGACAGUCCUGCUUGUUCUGUGUUGAAUUUAUUUCUGUAAACAAUUUUUAUUCUGGCUGCAUCCUUAUUUGUAGAAUGACAUAGUCAGGGGAGGAUUUAGUGACCUGUACGGAGCACAGCCCAGCAGAAGACGCCUGGUUGAGGGUUUGUUAGCCCUGUCACUUUAUAAUUCUCCAAUGCAAGCUGCCAGAGUGAAACAGAUUAUUGUGAAUAUUCUGUGCUGUGAUUUUGUGCUUCUUAAGUUUGGCUUUUCAGCCUUACCUUUAAAAAAAAAAAAAAAAAAUCUCUGCCAUGCUAAACUAAUAGUCUAACAGGCCUAGAAUAGUGUGGCGGAGUGUUGGUUAAAAUUGCUAAAUGGGGACUGCAUUUUUAAGUGUUUGGUAAGCUAAAUGUAAACUAAUCUAUUGCUGUGUGUUCAGUCCUUCCAUUUUCUUGUUUUCUUUCUUUGUUUUUGCGUGUUCAUAUGUAAUUAGAAAUUUCUUGUAAAACAAAUUGUUUCCUGUGAAAUAUUGUAUAGUUACAGAUGAUAUACAGAUGUUCUAAAUUAACAUUUUACAUUGAAAUGUAAUCGUGUAUAAAUAUAACUGUGUGUGUGUAAAAAAACAAAAUACAUGCAUUCAGGGACAUAUAAAUAAGUACGUUACUUGUUGAGCUUCUGUUUAAAACCUUUUUAGGCUUUGCUAAUACUGAAUUUUAUUCUCAGGAAUUUUUAGACGCGCUAGGUAAGACAUUUGGAAUCAAAAUGUGACUGCUGUUUUUAUCUUAUUUUCCCGACCUGUUUACGUUCUACAGGGGUGAGUAACCGCGGAAUGCAAGAAUUAAGUGGUACCUGAGAAAUAACACGUAUCUGGGUCCUGUGCGAGAAACCCAAAAGUGACUCUAAUUUGGAACACACAUACUAUUUAUUCAGCCAGACACGUCUGUGAUUGGUUGGAACACAUAUUUGAAACUAAUCCUAUACGCGAGACGUAACUCAAAAUUCACCCAUCAGUUAAAAUGUAAAAUAAUUAUCUACAGUAUCUCGCACUUGAGUAACAGUCGCUGCACUUUCUGCUUUCUGCAGUAGUACCAAAUUUUAGUUGAAAUUAUAAAUCUGUCAGCUUAGCCAAAACGUGGCAACCAAAAAGAAUCCUUUUUGGAAAGUGUUGAAAUCUCCAUCAUCUUCUUGGUCUCACUUUGAUGAGCAGAGCAAGCAGAACUGAUGGGUUACAUGUAUCAAGCAGUGGAAAUGUUGCCCAUAGCAACCAAUCAAGUAAAUGCUUUAUCAAGGUCUACUAGUUGCUAAUGGCAACUUCUCCACUGUUUUCACUGCUUGAUACAUCAACCCCAUGGUUUUAUGCCAUGCCUUACAGUAUGCAUUACAAAGUAAAUGCAUUUCCAUUACUGCUUUUUUUUUUUUUUUUUCUUCAGUCCAUCUGUAUUUCUUGGUCAUGCUGGAUCUAGACCAGAGGAACUUAGGAAAACAUAGUCCGUAGUGGUAAUAUUGGAUAUAUAUAGAAUGGGGCAAUAGCAGAAGAUAUGCUUGGUCAGCGUAACAUGACAGUUAAUCGGGAAUGCUGUUCCCCUGUAAACUCACUGCUUCACCAAUGCUUUGAUUGCAGAAUUCUCUCACACACUGGAAGUAGACAUAUUAUAGGCUAGUUCCUACAGAACUGACAAAAUGGCUGCCUCAACUGGGUCUAGGCAGCAGGUAUACUUAAGUAUAAGUAAAUUCAAGGUUCGUUAACAUUCUAUCCAAAACCAGCUGUUGAAUUCAUUUUUCAUCCUGUGUGACUUGCCUAAUGCUGGUCAUACACUAGGUCAGAGGUUCUCAAACUCGGUCCUCGGGGGCCCACACAGUGCAUGUUUUGCAGGUCUCCUCACAGAAUCGCAAGUGAAAUAAUUAGCUCCACCUGUGGACCUUUUAAAAUGUGUCAGUGAGUAAUUAAUACACCUGUGCACCUGCUGGGUUACCUGCAAAACAUGCACUGUGUGUGCCCCCGAGGACCGAGUUUGAGAACCUCUGCACUAGGUCAAUAUUGUGUACGAAUACGCGAUAUCGACCUAUCAUUUAACCCAUUACAUGCACAUCGAUGCGAUGCAUGGCCCCGCGGGUCGCACGUCGCAUCAGCUGAUCAUAUGUGCUAUUGCGGAGGUACGAUAUACUGUAAGGUGCGAAAGCACCGUACAAUAUAUUGCAUGCCCCGCGGCUGGCAGGGGGAUCAUUAGUAUGACUCGCAUCUAACGCGAGUCGCAAAAGUCAUUGUCCCUUAUCUAGCUAUUCACAAAAAUCUAUGAACACGCUUCUGUGAUUUUUGAGAGAUGCACAGUAAAAUAUUGGUAAAGUUGUUUCCUUUGGGGGUAAUUCAGAGUUGAUUGCAGCAGCAAAUUUGUUAGCAGUUGGGCAAAACCAUGUGCACUGCGGGUGUGGCAGAUAUAACGUGCAGAGAGAGUUAGAUUUGGGUGGGUUAUAUUGUUUCUGUGCAUGGUAAAUACUGGCUGCUUUAUUUUUACACUGCAAUUUAGAUUUACAUUUGAACACCCCCCCACCCAAAUCUAACUCUCUCUGCACAUGUUAUAUCUGCCCCCCUCCUGCAGUGCACAUGGUUUUGCUCAACUGCUAACAAAGUUGCUGCUGCGAUCAACUCUGAAUUAGGCCCUUUGGGGGUCAUUCCGAGUUGAUCGCUCGCUGCCGAUUUUUGCAGCGCAGCGAUCAGGUGAAAAAGCUGCAUUUAUGUACAUGCGUAUGGGCCGCAAUGCGCACGCGUGUCGUACGGGUACAAAGCCAGUUGUGGUUGUGCACAGGUUCUAGCGAAGUUUUUCUUCGCACUGACGGCCGCAAGAAGAUUGACAGAAAGGGGGCAUUUCUGGGUGUCAACUGACCGUUUUCAGGGAGUGUUUGCAAAAACACUGACGUGUCUGAAAAAACGCAGGCAUGGCUGGGCGGGUGUAUGACGUCAAAUGCGGACACGAAUAGGCUGAAGUGAUCGCAAGCGCUGAGUAGGUUCAAAGCUACUCUAAAACUGCACAAACUGUUAUUGCAGAGCUCGGCUGCACAAGCGUUCGCACUUCUGCUAAGCUAAAAUACACUCUCCAGUGGGCGGCGGCAUAGCGUUUGCACGGCUGCUAAAACUAGCUAGCGAGCGAUCAACUCGGAAUGACCCCCUUUGUCCGUUGUGUUAUCCCAGGGUUUCCCAACCUCGGUCCUUAAGGCACACACACAAUCCAGGUUUUAAGGAUAUCCAUGUUUGAGCACAGGUGCUUAGAUCAAAAUAACUGAGGUACGAAUUAAUUCACAAGUGCUGAAGUAUGGCUAACCUUGGAUUGUUAGUGUACUUUGAGGAACACGGUUGGGAGCCACUGUGUUAACCUAUAAUGCAUGUGAUCUCAGGCAGGACAGUAACCUCACGCAGAACAAAAGAUCAAACUGCACUACUACACCCACUGACAAUACAUUAGUGUCCUCUGAUGCCUAAUACUACUGUAUGGUUGUCAAAUGGAAGCUGUUCUUAUGCUGCUGCUAAGUCCGUCUACAGGUACCCUAUUAGGAUGUCUGCCUCCUAGUGGCAUCUCACAACAUAUACAUUUUGAGCUUUCUCAUCAUGCUCUUUUCUUUUUGCUCGUCUGAAAUGUAUCUAUAAAGUCAAACUGCUGCACUUGAACAGAAUCUCUUUGGGGUCUAACUAGGAAAUUCCCAAAAUGUAACAUUAAGCAUCUUAGAUUCUGUGUUUUCUGAAUGUACCCGUUAUCAUGGUUGCUAGCCCAAUUUUCAGCUACAAAAUUAGAUAACAUCAGAAAUAUCCCCAUAUAAGUUGCUCUAAGACAGUGAUCGCUCAUUAGUCAUUGGUUGUCACGAUCUACCCAAUUGUUUUUGUAAAUUCACCACUGAAAACACCAUUGUGGGGUUUUUCCAGGUUUAUUUAGCUAUGUAAUGCAAUUGAUAUGCAUAAAUAAAUUAAGGAUUUUACCAUCGUGUUUUGAACUUCAAAUGUUUCAUGGUUGUUAAAAUGAAUGUGAAGUGAUGUCAGAUUUUCGUUAACUGAUGGAAAAUGGGUAGGUUAAUUGUUGGCUCUGGUGACAAUACACCUUCUUUGCACUCUGCAUUUGAAUGCAUGCUGCUUAUACAGGGGUUUGAACCCCAUGAGUACCUUUUACUUUCCUCCUAUUUGUUAUCUCCGCUUUGCAAAUUCAAACCAUCUUCUUAAAAAAAAAAAAAAUAAUUAUAAUAACGUGUGUAUGUAUUUGUGUGCUAUAAUGUUUGAAUGGUAAUUUAAGUACAGUACAUUACUGUAGGAGCUAGCUUGAUCUUUCUAAUACAGAAGUGUAAAGCAAAUUCUAACAAACAUUGUAAGAUAUGUUAAUAAAAAUUCACUAUUAUCCAUUGA